AUGGAGUUCAUCAGCUUUCGGAGGCCUGACAUGAAUUUGAAAUCUUCUUUUAUGCAGCAACUAUCAGCGCUGGAAAGGCGCCUGGCUGACAAGUCGAAGCAGACACUCAGCAAUGACUGGGAUGCCAACUUCGGCAGCUUGGAAGGGGAGGACCUCCUUCUCCGCAACACAUAUCUGAACGGACAGAUGGGCCCCUUGGCCGAGUUUCACUCGGGCAUGCACGACAGGCACAUGCCACGGCGUCUUUGGUGGUUGGACCAGGACAGCCACGACAAGAAUCGGUUGGAAAAACCCGCCGGCGCAGACCGCCACAAUAUUGUGUCACAGGCUUCGGAGCUGAAAGGCAUCUUGCGGAGAAAGCCGCGUGCGAUGCCACGCCAAACGAGUGCAGGUGCUGGGCCGACACCAGGAGCUCUUGCUGGUCCCGGAGCUCCUCCCGGAGCCGAGGGCAGCAAUGGCGGAUACCGGGGCCCAGAGGUCCCAACGGCGUGGGCCGAUGAAGGCGAGGCGCACCACCGCCCUCAUGGAAUGCCAGGCAGUAGCUCCAUGGGACAGCUGGAGGCAUCACGCGGAAGUGGCUCCCCGAUGCCUGGUCCAGGUCGAGAUGUGCGAGAUGUGCGAGACGGCCGAGAGAGCCGAGAGAUACCGUACCGGAAAGGCCCCACUACUGGUAUCAGAGACUCGCUCACUGGCCCCAUGGGUCGGAGAAGCGAGAGUCCUGUUCCAGAGGAGCGGCGAGCUAGCUCCAACGAUCCACCGCCACGAGGAUCUUCUCGACGCAAUGAGUCGCCUCAGCUUCGAGGGGAUCCCACACGUGGUCGCUAUCCCAGCGUGUCUCAGAGCUCUGGUUAUCAGAGCUCUGGACCUCAGAGCUUUGGCCUCUUCGGGCGAACUCCAACCCCUGGAGUUGGGUCACAGAGAGGAAUGGGAGCCUUUCGCGGCGGCGGUCCUGUAAGAGCCAAGGCAGACUUAUUGGGGGAUUCCACGCGUCCACCAGGGCGAGCUCGGCCUUCAACAGCGCCGUCGACGCCCACCAGAUCCGGAUCUAUGCGACGUCCGGCGUCUCCUGGGGCUCAAAUGAGGUCGGGGUCAUCAUCAAGGCCGCCAUCCCCGAAUUCUCGAUCACAAAGUGGUCCGCCCAUGACAAUACCAACACGGCAUGUCCCGGGUCACAGCUACCCCACCAGUUCGCCUUUCGACAGGUCGACAGCCCAGCGUUCGAUGUCAUCUCAUCUGAGACGUGCGCCAUCGCCCACCCCAGCGUUCAACGCCUCUGCCCGCAACUCAUCACCAAAGCCACGGUGGCGGUCCUGA